AUGAGAAUUUCUGUAAUUCACCCAUAUUUUCAGUAUCCAUUUCCUUUUCUGCUCGAUUCUGUAAUAAGGUGGAAACGUGCAAUUAAUUCUAACAAUCAUUUCGAAGCAAAAUUAGAAUUACAACAAAUUAGUCUUGCCAUUUCUUGGAUACAAUAUGGAAUUGAAUGUGCUCAAGAUUUAUUAAGAAUAGAAUUAGAUAAUUAA